UAAGUAUUAUAAUUUUAUAUAUAUUAAUUAAAUGUAUAAAUUGCUAUUAUAUGAUACUUGAAAAUGAUUGCAAAGGAGAUGAUCUGCGACAAUAUUUUACAUAUUAAACAGAUCGUAUAUAUCUUACCCAAUCUUAAGUACAAAAGAUAAAAACGCGCAAUAUAAAGGACCAAAAUUAAAGUGAUCGAUCGAAAAGGGGACCAUAGACGCAUGCGUGUGUGUGCACGUGUACUCACAUGCGUACAUACAUUUUCAGGGACCAAGUAAAAGAAAUCGAAGAAUUUUAUACACGAUGAUGGAUUGGGGAAUUAGACGAUCAAUUAUGUUCCAUGUACGAAAAAGACCUUCUGACUAUGUGCCUCGGAAACGCAAGAAAAAACCCAGUGGCAAAUGGAAUGAAUUAGAUUACAGAUACGAAGACGAAAGACUCCCCUUUCUGCUAGAACUGAACCCUGAUGGUAGUGAAAUUCCAAAUGGUGCUGGUGUGCGACAUCGGCUGCAGCCAAAUGUAACGGAAGUUGGUUCGGAAAGACCAAUAGGUCCGCAAGCGGUUCAAGCACAAACGCUGACUUUGACGGGACCAACAGUUAUGCCAAGACAUUGCGUAAUUGCUUUUACUGAAAAUAUAGUUACUCUGACACCUUGCUCCAGAGACGCUCAUACUUACGUAAAUAAUCAAAGGAUACACCAGACAACGAUACUUCAGAACGGAGCAAUUGUGAAAUUUGGCAGACUACAUACUUUUAAGUUCAUUGAUCCAGCACCUGAUGAACGUAUUAGACAGAGACAUGAUUCUGCAAAACAAAUUGAAUACGGAUAUGAGCGACGCUCCCCAGACUUGACCAGUCAAGAAACGAAUAUGGAAAGAUAUGGAUCUACAGCUGGAACUUCCAAUAACGGACAAAAUCAAGUUCAAGGUCAGAACCAGGCAACUCAGGACCAAGCUAGCCACCCGUCUAGUCCGAACAAAUCUACAUCUAUUCCUGCUGCUGCUGUCGCUACUGUUUGUCAUGCCCGAAGUCCAACACGUGCACCGGAAUCAACCCACAAUUACGAAACUACUUUUGAUCUUGAUGGAAACGUUGAGACUGCAAGUCUUACCAGUAGCAGAGAUGGUAACAGAACGUUGCAGAAUGAUCGACAAUCACGUGGAACGGAUCCUAUCUUACCAGCUGUAUUAGAAUUUCUCGAAGAAACAGAAGAAACCUUUUUUCAUGCUGUAAUCACAGACGUUGAACCGUCGGCACCACAAUUCAAAUUGGCUCCAACUUAUACACUUUACCUGGCAGCAAGAUAUCGUGCAAGUACGCAUUAUAGACCAGAAUUGCAACCAACUGAGAGAGCUCACAGAUUAACUGUAAUGUUAGCAAACGUUGCUAGUAUGAUUCAACGAGUAAUACAGGAACGAUACAUGGAUGCAUCUUCUUUGGCAUUAUGGUUAGCAAACGGCUCAGAAUUAUUACAUAUGUUGAAAAACGAUCGACAUGUGGGAGCGUUUUCAACGAGAGCACAGGAUAUUUUGACAGAAGCAGUACACACGGCAUUUGCAUCAUUAGUUAGGUGCAUUUCCUUAGAACUAGCCCCGGCCAUGUCACAGUUCAUGGCUGAUGCUGAUGAACCUGCUAAAGAAGCCGGAGUUCUUCAAAUAUUUUCAAGCACGAUGGCUUUACUUAGAAGAUGCAGAGUAAACGCAGCGCUCACAAUUCAACUAUUCAGUCAUCUAUUUCAUUCGAUAAAUGCAACGGCAUUUAACGCAUUAGUUUCAAACACAAACUUAUGUGUUAGAUGGUUCGGUCGGAGAUUGAAGGCGAGAUUGAAUGCCCUUGAAACCUGGGCAGAGAGGCAAGGUUUGGAACUCGCGAGUCAAUGUCACUUGGCAACGAUUAUGCAGGCUACACAUCUUCUUCAAGCACCAAAAUACAAUGCAGAGGAGCUUGCUACGUUAAGUUCAACCUGCUUUAAGUUGAAUUCUCUCCAAGUUAGAGCAUUAUUGCAAAAGUAUCAACCAGCUGCGGAUGAGCCAAGACUUCCAGCAGAAUUAAUAGAAAACGUAGUCAGAGUUGCAGAAAGUGUGGCAGAUACGCUUGCGCGUGCCGAUGGCAGAGAGAUUCGAUUAGAGGAAGAGUCUACGCUUGCAUUAGCACUUCUGCUUCCUGAGGAUGGAUAUAGUUGCGAGGUUAUUCGUGGUGUGCCUCCCGGAUUAGCAGAAUUUUUAACACCAUUACAACGUGAUGGUCUUUGCCGUAUGGCAUCACAACCUACUAGCAGCGGAUACUGGACUAUAUAUAUGAUAGAUCAUCAUAAUAAUUUUCGUAGUUCAAGCGCAAUGAGCAAUAGAUCCGGUGGCUAUUCUUGUCAUACAGGACCGAAUGGUGCUCAGCCCGAGAUACAUGUAAUAAAAUUACACAAAUCUACGAAUGGAAUGGGUUUGAGCAUUGUCGCAGCGAAAGGUGCUGGUCAGGACAGACUUGGAAUAUAUAUAAAGAGUGUAGUUGCUGGUGGUGCAGCUGAUGCUGAUGGCAGAUUAACAGCUGGUGACCAACUACUCAAAGUGGAUGGACAAAGUUUAGUAGGAAUUACUCAAGAAAAAGCUGCUGAAUAUUUAGUACGUACCGGUCCAGUAGUAACAUUGGAAGUUGCUAAACAGGGUGCCAUAUACCAUGGUUUGGCCACUUUAUUAUCGCAACCAUCACCAAUAAUGACCAGAGCAGCGCACAAGAUUCGACCCAAGUCCGAAAACUUGGAAGCUUCGACGGUGCAGGAAACAAACGAGCAACCAUCUACGUCACAUUCAAUGGGUAAUUUGUUGAGCGUUCCAAGGCAUGCGAUCGAUUCGGAACAUUCGACCGAUUCAGUACCAGGACCUCGUCGCAUGAGUGAACGAGACUUGCCAUCUCAGCUUGGACGCGACGCAACUGCACCGCAACAACAAAUGCAUACCAGCAAGUCCGUACCAGCAUUGCACAACGUAGGAACGGAUGGAAAACAACAGCACGAGGUAUUCAAUCCUGGUUACAGCAGAGCAUCGUCAAGUAACAGUGUUACACCCCCUGUUACACAGCCACCUCCACCUAUGACUACAAUCAACGGUUCGACAUCAUUACGUUCUCGUUCGAGUCAUAACUUGCAUGAUUCGACGAGAAUCGGUACAUUACCCCCGAGUGGUCUCGUGAGUAGACAACAGUCAUCACCGAAUUUGAAUCCUAGUCAAACAACGAAUAACAAUGGUACAAAUGCUAAUCUUGGGAUAGGUUCAAAUACUCUUCAAGGUAACGAAGCCGAAAGAUUUUAUCAAAACUUGAGCAUCUAUCGCAAUCAAGAUGCGACAACUAAACAACGACAUAGCCCGUCUCAACAUUCAGACGAUAGGAAUCCUCUACAAUUACAAAAGAAUUCGAGAGGUUCGCAAAAUUCUUUGAAUCGUCCAGGAACAUUCGAAAUGAAUCAAACCAGGGAUCGUCCAAUGUCUGCAUAUGUACCGCAACCUCAACAGCAACCUUAUAUUAUUGCUGGACAAUCGCAACAACAAGGCUGUACAGUACCUUCAAGAUCCCAAUCAUCUCGGGAUAUAAUACGACAAGAAGCAAAACUACAAGAAAUGCAAGAGGAAGUUCGAAGACGGGAAUUACGAGGUGGCAUUCCAGUUCCAUUGAAUCAGUAUCGAUCGACCGCGUAUAAUCUAAAAACAAAUAUGUCGGUUCAAUCGUCGAUUAGUUCUACUGUCCGACCUACAAAAUCUAUCGGUUCCCAACCAAAUUUGGGAUCAACUCCAUCAGUAACAGUGUCCACGCCAUCGAUUUCAGCAUCCGGUCAUGUUACCACGAAACAAGCGGGUCUUUCGAGUUAUGGUUACCUGGAUGCACAAUAUGGCUCAUACAUGGUUCAAUAUGGGAAAUCACCACACGUCCAUCAACAUCAACAUCAACAUCAAUCGCAACCCCAAUCUCAACAUCCGCAUCAACAUCAGCUUCAAUUUCAACAUCAAUAUCAGCAUCAACAUCCGCAUCAGCACCAACAUCAGCAUCAACAUCAACAACAUCAACAACAAAAUCUUGGACAUAUCCAAUAUGGACAUGGUGGUAUGACAUCGUCGAGAGGAAAAACUGAUUUAAUUCGUUUGCAACCGAAUGGAAUAUUUGAAUAUGGAAGAGAUCAAAAUUCUCGAGAUUUUGGAAAAUUAUAUAUGGAUCAAAAUCAAGUUUCUGUCGGAUCUCAGUAUUAUUUAAAUUCAGAAAUACGAAAUGAUCAUUAUACUAGUGAAAGUGGAAUAGGAAGAGCGCAAACUACGGAAGGAAAUUCAAUUUCUAAUGAAAUUCCUAUACGGCCUGUUCUAUCAGACGAAGGAUUUACAGAAAGUCCACCACCACCACCACCAAGCACUUCGACUCAUCCACUUUACAAUAAACAAUCAGAUUCGAGAUAUACUGCAAGCAUGCAGGAUCCUCCUCGUGGAGGAUAUUAUCCAGCAAAUGUAACUGGAACUGCACUACAACCACGUCAAUAUCAGUAUAGUGCUACGAAUCCAUGGCAACGCGAAGAAAAAGAAAGAGAACAAGCACGUAGAAGAGAAGCUGCGAGGCAGUGGCGAGAUCAACAAAUAGCAGAAUUGAGUGCAUUAUCUCACAGAACAUCGCAACAGGAAGAACAAUUACGAGCUCUACAGUUAGAAAGAGAUUUUCAGAAAAGGGCUGAAGAAGUUGCCAAUCAACAAGACGAUGAUGAAGAAAGUAAUGAUUUAGACACUGAGAAUGUACGAGUUCAGCAAAGCUCGCUUCGAACAACAAUGACGCAAGAUCGAAAUAAUUCAUUAGAGCAACAUCAUCUCAACUUGUCUAGAACCAAUGUAGCCAACCAGUCUGUCAGAGGAAAUCAUGUUACUCAGUCUCUUUGUGGAUCUUCAAUGCAUUCUACAAAUGUCAUAGCGGCACAUGGAAAUGGUACUACUCAACAAUGUUCGCAAAAUGUUGUAACCAGCUGUCUGCAGCAGCAACAACACCAUCAGCAACAGCAAGAUAAUUCUGGCACACAUUUAUUAUCAGAAUUUCAACACGAGAACGUUAAUCAAAUGCAAAAUACUACAGGACAAAUUUCAAUGUCAUCCUUGAUUCAUUUAGGCGGUUCACAAAAACCCCUUGGUUUAUCUCAAUCUAACGAGGAGAAAGAAGUGCAUCGCAAACAUGAAGAGAUUAAGCGGAAACAAGUCGAAUUUAACGAUAGUCAGUUAAAGAAGAAUGAGGAAGAAACCAGCAAACAACAAAUCCAACAAAUGUAUCAGCAGCAUUCACAACAAUCCCAAUCUCAUCUUAAAACUCAACAAUUACUGCAUCCCAGUAUGUUACGAUUAGAUAGUUUAAUCAUUAAUGGAUCAAAUGUAUCUUCCACGCAAAAUGGUACCAACGACGCACCUCUGCCACCAGAACGAGGUUCUAGUUAUGCAGUUAUGUCGCAUCAAAGCACCCUUAGAUCAAAUAAUGCAAACGCAUCUAAUAUAAUAACGUUAACAUCUCAACCGCAAUCGACAUCUGUUAAAAGAGUUUCCUUUCACGAUUCGAAUGCAAAUGUAGAAUGUAUUCAACGAAAUGUAUCGACUGGAAAUUUGAGUACGAAUCAAGCUGUGACUAUGGACGUCAUUACAGAAGAUCCAAAUAAUUUCAUAAAUGAUGCAGAAAUUUUAUUGGCAUCUCCAAAGACUCCUGAAGGUUCUAGUGGGCCUUCGAUUACUGGUAGCACACCUGGCGUAAUAGGUGCUCAGGAAGUAUACAAAGAUCCUAGACAAAGAAGGCUUGCAGAAAAGCAAAAACAGCAACAAAGUUCUCAAGUCGGACAAGUACCCGAGAAGCUCAGUUUUAAAGAAAAAAUGAAAAUGUUUGCAAUGGAAACUGGUGAAGAUGGGACUCCCCGGGAUAAGGUAAAAAUUUCACGUGCACAGCGCGAAAUAGAUAACAUUGGAAAUCCCACUACUGCUACUUUGAAUAGCAAUAACCACCACCAUCAUCACAACAACAACAACAAUAACAACAGCAACAAUAGUAGCGGAAGCAGCAACAGCAGUAACAAUCUGAAUAACAAUAAUGGCAGUAAUAUCAAUAAUAGCAGUAGUAAUCGACAACAAUAGAAGUUAAGACUGAAAAUUGAAACUUAUUUUCUUUAGAGUCAUAUUAAAUCAUUAAUGUGAAUGGAUUAGAUAUAACAAUGAUCUAUCCAAAACCAACUUGUCAUAUUUGAAGUAAAGUGGACUAUAUGUAUCAUAUUCAUAAUACCACUGUCUAUGAGCAUACAUGAAUCAUUCCAGCAAUUAUAUUUGCACUGUUUCCGACCAAAAGUAUGCUCUGAAAUUGAAUAUAAACACGUAGAAGGAUUAUCGACUAGAAUUAUUA